AGACCAAAGAAAAUAAAUUAUUAAAAUUUAUUUUUUAAACACUUGUUAAUUAAACAUCAGUAACUCUUAGUUUAAAUAACACUCGGCAAAUGUCUUUUAGAGCAGUCUAAAUGUUAGGUAAUGUAAUAUACAAACGGCGUCUUCGUAUAUGUACGUCAUUAGUACGACGGCGCUUGUUAAUUACGUCAGAGCUAGCUUACGUUCAGACUGUGUUUGUUGUGUGUUCAGCGUUAACAAUGAGUACAAAUCUCGGGACGGAUAACCUGCAAAUGCGUCUUCAGGCACUGGAAAGUCGUAUAUACGGGGACAGAAGAAACAGAGGUGGAAAACCUGUUAAGUGUGCAGAGUCUUUGGCCAGAAUUCAGGCAGGUCUGACCAACACAGCCAACAAGAGAGAGCGAGUAAAGAUCCUGCACAAGAAGAUCGAGGAUCUUGUGAAGUACCUGGAUCCCCAGUUCACUGACCAUAUCACUGUACCUGAUGCUAUGAAGCUGGAGUUCAUCCUUGCUGAGGAGGACUUUCUGCUCUCCCAGGCUGCUCUGCUGGAGCAGGUUAGCAACAUGCAGCCACUAUUGGACAGCUCCUACAUCAGGGAUGUACCAGAACACGCCACCAAGCUGCAGCGUCUUUCACAGAUUCACAUCAAACAGCAGGACCAAACCGAAGCUCAGUCACUGGAAGUGAAGAAGCUUUUUGAGGAAUACAACAAAAUGAUGUUCCUGCUGUCUAAGCAGUUUACACAGUGGGAUGAGACACUGAGAAAGAUGGAGGAGGUCAAGGGUGUCCGGCCAGCGGAGUAGCUACAGUUUACAGAACCACUUUGGGUGAGGAUGGUUAUGAAGACUACACUGUGGUGGUAGUUUCAUACAAAACCCGUGUGUCCUGGAAGAAUUACAAUGUAAGGAUCACGACAACUUGUAACUUAUUCUCAUCAUGUGAAGUGUGGCUCCGACAGCUCAGAGAUGCUGCUGUUAUUUAUUUAAUUGAGCUUUGUUUACCCUAAUAUUUACAUGUAAUGGUUUCCAACACUUAUUCUACUACAUUAACCCAGCAUUGACAUCCACUCACACACCUAAAACUUUCCCUCUGGAAGUUGACCUGUCAAAAUUUGCAGCUUUCUUACUUUUACUGGACACUGCUUAAAUGUUUAUGUUAAAUGUAACAUGUAUUCUAUAGCAUGUCUGCAGCUAAUGCAAAUAAAUAUCAUAAUUGUUUGGACUUAAA